AUGGAGUGUCUAGACGCAAGAAUCGGCCAUGAUGUUUUGGUCAUGACCUAUUUUAUUAACCAGUCUGUACUCCUAGCAAGUUGCCCCCGAAGGUGUUUGGGUGUGUUGCCUAUGUUCAUGUCUACUCUCAUCAACGGAGUAGGAAACGACCAGUCUCCUCCCCAGAAACGACCUGUCAUUUUUCAUAAACCCACUAGUCGCCUGGUUUUCAAAAAUGGUGACAGUGAUUCUUCUACGGAUGAGUUUGAUGCGAUACUCCCCCCUCCCCCCCUCUACUCUUCCAUUUGUCCCAAUCAAUUCGUGAUAAUAGUGAGAUUGGUGUUUACUUUGAAGCAUAAGGCUGACAGUUCCAUUGACCGUUACCAAGCUAAAUUAUUUGAUGUGAAGAAUGUGUUUCUGUAUGUUGACCUCAAGGAAGAAAUCUACAUGGAUCUUUGUUCUGGUAUUAAUGUGAACUCCAAGGAGAGUGUUGUGUGUGAACUGCGAAAAUCCUUAUAUGGGUUAAAGCAGCCUCCAAGAGCCUAG